AUGGAGAUUGCUCCUUUAAAAUGCACCAUUUGUCAACAACCAAUACGCCUUCAUCAACAAUUAAUUUAUACCCUUCCCUCUUCUAUUACUAGUGCUAUUGCUUCACCUCCAAAAGACUGUAUUACAACACCAAAGAAAAAUGAUAGAUCAAUCAGAAUUUCAUCAUAUUUAUCGCCACCUUCUUAUCAUUCAUCUUCUUUCCUCAACAGUUCUUUGUCACCUACAACUUUAUUUCAUAAAUCUGUAAGUUCACUCCAAACAAGUCCACCGUCUGACCCAAGAAGAAUAGAUGAACGACCAGCACUAACACGAUCUACGUCAUUUCUUCAUGCAUCAUAUUGGAAAGAAAAAGAAGUCGAUAAACCUAUUAUUACUGAUAUUUCACAAUCACCAGAUUUUGUCAAAUGGCAGGAAACGUGGAGACAUGUAUUAGGAAUUAAUGUUCCUUGGUGUAUUGAUUGUUGGCAACGAGUGUAUAAAGAAACAAGUGAAGAAUUUUAUCAAACAGGAGAAGAGAUUGUUAUUGAACGAUUAAAUUUAAAUGAACUUCGAACAGCACAAGAUUUAAAUAAACAAAUUGAACAAGAGUUAGAAAGAGUAAAUUCUCUUCAACAAGAACUAGAAGAAUUAACUCAAGAAAAUGAAUGUCUUCAAGCAGUUACAAAACUAAUUGAAAAAGAUGAAGAACAAUUCAUUAGAUUAUUGAAUCGACAUUAUGAAUUAGUUAAUCAAACAGUAUUUACUGGAUGUGCUAGUAUUCACCAAAUAGAGAAAAAAGUAUGGACAGAAUUAUCAAAGAAAUUAAAUAAAUUACAAUCAAAAACAGUUUGGAAUAGUUUAUUUAAAGUUGAAUGGAUGAAUGAAGGAGUAUCAUUAGAUGGAAUUGAUAUUAUUUCAUCAAUUAAAACAAAAAAUUAUAUUUCAGUCCAAACUGCAUUUGGAACAUUAAUGCAUAUGAUCAAAAUUCUUUCACAAUAUUCAAAUAUAUUCUUACAAAAGACGUGUAUUGAUGGAUUUGGAUAUGGUAAGAUGUCAGUAUCCCACAAAGAUUUCACUAAUGUAAAUAGAUCAAAAUUUAAAAAUGGACUUCGCACAAUAUUAACUGCAUUUAAUGAAAUAACAACUUUUUUAGAGGAAACUACAUUAUUUGAACUUCCAUAUAAAAUAUCAAAUUGUGAAUUUAUACAAAGAAUUUCAUUUAUUGAUGUAUCUAAUCUUAAUAAUUGGUCAAUAGCAUUAAAAUAUUUUAUUAUUGAUAUUAGUGUUACUUCAAAUAUGAUCUUUUCCAAAUAG